CGACGGCCAUGUCGACGUGGACCCUGCAGUGCUCCCCCGUUGCAACCCACAUACACCCUCGGUUGACGGCGACUCGCACGAAGAAACGAUCGCUCUUGAGAAACGGAUAGAAUCAACUUGCAGCACGUAAUCGUCGCGUCAGAUCACUCUCGCACGGAGAAUUUGGGCUAUGAAUGAAGACCCAACCCUUUCACUUCGAGGUUUUAGCAGUGCUGCUUCUAUCUGUGAUUCCAUGGCCGGGACCCAGUGUCUUUAAAAUAUCAUGUCCCCGCGAUCGAGCGUCCGUAGUGAGGAGGAUAGUUCACAAGAGAUGGAUGCCAGUACUGAAGAAGUAUCAAGUGGAAUUACCAUUGGAAUGCCCAUUCCACGAAAGUCGGGACAUCUUUCGACCGCAACAAAAGGCGAAGCACCAACACAGACCGUCGCAAUGGACUUGCGGGCUCUGCGGCAAGUCCUUUUACGCCGAGAAACAUUUGGAUGCCCACUUCGAUAACAGACAUAAAAGCAACGUUAAUACGGCAGAGGAUGCGGUGUGCCUGGCAGAUUAUUGCGACAUCAUGCGCUGCGACGUGCUGGGCAAUCGCGACUUCGAGAAUUCGGUGGACGACGACGACGGCCACCUGAACACCGACAUCCAGGUGUGGCGCGAGAACACUGAACAGCAGCGGCGACAGCAGCAGCAGCAGCAUCAGCAACGCAGCACUUCCGUAAUGCCAUGCGAAUCGCGUGGCAUCACCAGGAUGUAUCGCGCGGAUAAGUCCUGCGCCAUUGCUGGCGGUGGUGCGGUAACAAAUCUGCAGCGUUAUUGCCGCCGCGAUGAUCAGGACGGCGGUGACAUGCACAAUCACAGACUAGUGAGAACGUCGUAUCACGGCGAGAUCGCUGGGCCGGACAACAAGAGCAGCGCCUGCGACGGCGAAGAGGACGAAGACGAAGAUGACGAGGAAGAGGACGCGGAGGACGAAGAGAACCUGGUGGAAGCGGCGCUACCCGCUGUCGACAAGAAGAAGCGACGACGGGGACUACACCUCAGGAAGCUCAAGUCACACUGCAAGCCGGAAGAGCUGCAGAAGCUGAAGACCCAAUGUGAAAUACUCGUACACGAUUGCAUCGCCGGGCUACUCGCUAAUCUCUCCGUGCGGGAUUUUCAAGAGAUCGAAGGGGAGCUGAAUCGCGCGAUCUGCUGGUACCUCAGUUGCGACAGAUACUGGGAGGACACAAAGAGGCCACAACGUCAUACCCCCUGGUACCUGCUGACUAUUUUCACGGUACUCCUGUUCUCGUCGAUCUACGUGUGCUACUACAUUAUUUGGGUCUGCUUCAACACGGAUGAAGAUAGAUUGGACGGUACCGGAAGCAUGGAUUACAAUGGUAGCACAGAUCGUUCGAGCACCUCUCCCUUACAUGACCCGAGUAUUCGCGAGGGCAGGUUGGAGAGACGGAAGGGUGGCGAUCACGGAGAUGAGAAUUUACCUUUAUCGAGCGAGGACAUGCCCGAUCACUACAUCUACGUCUCGUACCCGCCCGACCUGAAGCGGCGACUUCUUGAGAGUGAUUCUCCUGCUUACAGCUGCUACAACAGGACCACUCGUCUGUAAUCCGACAAGGCGGAUUAGGAGGGAGGGAAACUUAUGGGAAAUGCGACAGCAAGAUCUGAUCCCGCACAAAAGAAUACACUCGAGGUUGAAUCUCUUCACUCCCAUUUUUCUCGCUAUCCUCGUGUUUUGUAUACCAAAUGUGAAUAAAUUGCAUCAUAGACAAGACAUCA